GCGGCCGCUGGAACAGAAGUGAAGUGCACAGCAACCGGGAGAGAAGUGACACAUAGGACACCGACUGAAUGGUAAAAAGGAGGGAACGCGGGCUCCAAAAUUGACUUUUACAGCGGAAUGUUCACUCGAAGGGGUUAUGGAGACGUCAAGAAAUCUACACAGAAAGUUCUGGACCCAAAGAAGGAUGUUAUAACCCGCCUGAAGCAUCUUCGGUCACUGUUAGAUAAUAGUGAGAGGAGUGAACUGAAGACAUUUUUUGAAGCCAACUGCUCACAGAUUUAUUUUAUCUUCUAUGAAAAUUUCAUUACACUGGAAAGUAACUUAAAGCAAAAAGGGAACAAAUCUCAACGUGAGGAGCUGGACUCCAUCCUCUUUAUUUUUGAAAAAAUUCUUCAACUUCUACCAGAGAAAAUCAACAGUCGAUGGCAGUUUCACAGUAUAGGUUCUAUUCUCAAAAAACUUUUGCACACUGGAAACUCUUUUAAGAUCCGCUGUGAGGGCAUGCGACUGUUCCUGCUGUGGCUGCAGGCUCUGCAGACUAACUGUGCCGAGGAGCAGUUGCUCAUCUUUGCUUGCCUGGUGCCCGGCUUCCCCGCAGUGCCGUCAUCCAGGGGACCCUGCACACUAGACACCAUCAUCUAUAAUCCCUUCUCCAACCCCCCUGAUGCCAAGAUUGUACCUGAGGAGAUCACCCCACUGGUGCCUGCUGUUCCUGGGGAGAAGGUAGCGGAUGACCAGACCUGCUACAUCCUCCAAACUGUGUUAAAGUUCAUGGUGAUCCAGGCAUCCAGUCUGGAAUGGCACAAGAAAGACAGUCAAGACUCAGGCUUCAGGUUUCUCUUCACCCUCUUUAAGAAGUACUACCUGCCUCACCUCUUCCCUUCUUUCACCAAGCUCACCAACCUCUAUAAACCAUUACUUGACCUACCCCACCACAGACCAAAGCCCCUCUAUUUGCCAGUGUCACGCAACAGUGAGAGUACGUUCUGCACAAGAGAUCAGUACCUGGCCCCUCGCGUGGCCUUCAUCACCUGGUUGGUCAACUUCUUCCUGGAGAAGAAGUAUGUGAGCACAGCUACAACUGGCGCUAAAAAUGGAGGUGAAGUUCUUCCCAAGAUCAUCCAGACUGUAACUGCGGGCAGUAGCAGUCAGGAGAAGAGUAAUGAGCCAGAGCCUAAUGGGCCAGUAGAGCAGGAGAAGAACCACUCAAACAGCAGCACCCUGUCUGACCGCAGAGCCAGCAACUCCAGCCUGUGCAGCAUAGAGGAGGAGCAUCGCAGUGUUUAUGACAUGGUGCACUGCAUCCUGCUCUCCACGCGAGACAAUGUCAACUUCGUCAAUGAGGUCUUCCACCAGGCCUUCCUGUUGCCGUCCUGUGAGGCCUCAGCCACCCGUAAGGUGAUUAAAGUGUACAGGAAAUGGAUCCUGCAGGAGAGGCCCAUGUUUAUGACCGAGCCUGAUAAGACCGAUCAGGAUGAGGAAGAGGCAGAGGAGGGGCUGCAGCCAAUUCAGACUGACACCACACACUCACAGGUGCUGGAGAGCCAUGGACACAAGAGGUCAUCCAGCUGGGGGCGCACUUACUCCUUCAGCAGUGCCAUCAGCAGAGGCUGUCUGACUGAAGAACAGAACCACGAUGUGAAGGCUGGCAUCCAGCCUACGCUACAGGUUUUUCUGACAAACUCUGCUAAUGUGUUCCUGUUGGAGCCAUGUCAGGAUGUUCCAAAACUGCUGGAAAAUCAAGUGGAGGUCUGCAGAGCUGUGCUCAGCAUCUACCGCCACAUGAUCAUGGAGCAAAACAUGAACAGACAGACUUGGGAGCAGAUGUUGAAGGUACUGUUGAGGAUCACUGAGGCAGUCAUGAAGAAACCGCAGGAAGACCAAAGAAAAGAUAUUUUUGCCCAGAGCCUUGCCAGCGUUCUGUUUAGAACCAUAAUUGUGGCAUGGGUGCGGGCCAACCUGAGUGUGUUCAUUUCUCGGGAGCUGUGGGAUGAGUUGCUGGCGGUGCUGUCCUCACUCAGCCACUGGGAGGAGCUGGUGAGUGAGUGGGCCAGCAUCAUGGACUCCCUGACCGUCGUGCUUGCCCGCUGUGUCUAUGGCCUGGACCUCAACAACCUUCCUCUCGACAAGCUCUCUGAGCAGAAAGAGAAGAAGCAGCGUGGCAGAGGAGUGAUGCAGGAUUCUCAGAAGGCAUCAGCAGUAGCACGCUCAUUCUCUCUGAGCUGGAGGAAUUCAGGAGAGCAGCCUGGAGCUCAAGAGCCCAUGCGCUUCCGCAGCGCCACCACCACUGGAGCCCCCGCUGUGGAGAAGGCCCGCAACAAUGUUAGACAGAAAGCCUCAGCUAAGCGAAGCCAGUCUAUCAGCAACUGUGUGCAUCUGUACGAAGCUUUGCCGGCCACUAAGAGUGUGCCGAUGCUGCUGCACACUGUCAGCUCUUUCUUACCUGGUAUCUCUCACAACUCUCACUGCUCUCACAGACUCUCAGAUGUGGAAGAGUGUCAGUUGUCUGAAUGUGGUGGAGAAGGAGAGAUGGGGGAGGGAGACAGUCCUCUUCCUCGGAGUAGCAGCACCUCAGACAUCACUCAGCAGCUCACUGACUCCUUCCCAGGUCAGAGGAGGGAGGACUCUCCAAACACAGGCAGCUCUGAUGGCACAGUCUGGUUUUCUGAGAGCAGCUCAGUGGGGAAAAGGGAGAGUGAGGCUCCCACGAUUCUAGUUCGGCAGAGCAGCAGUCCAGGAGAUCUUGACUGCCCUGGAGAGGCAGGACUUGUCAGUGCAAGGACCAAGCUGCAGGAGAAAAGUGAGAGCGUGAGUAGCGAGACCUCCAACUGCUACCUCAACGACCCUGACGUUAGUCUUCUGACGUGGCACACUGUAGAGGAGGAACCCGACUGCCCUUCUCCCAACGACGUCAGUGUGAGUGUGAGUGUGGGGGUGGCAGCGGACUCAGAGAGCCAGAGAAGCCUACUGCUCAGCCACUCUGAGGCACUGGCAGGUUCUGAGUGUAUCCACUCGCUCCACUCUGCCCCUCUGUCCCCAUGCCCCCCUGUUUCUCCUGCCCUGUUGCUGCCUCAGGGCUACAGCGACGGCUCUCAGCUACUGGAGGAUGCCAUGCACAUGCCUCAUGAUCUGGACAGCAGCGAGUUUUUGGCUGAUGACAUCAGCAUCAUUGCAGGUGGUUGUUUGACUGGCUGGCAUGCUGACUCUGCGUUUGUGCUCUGGAGAAGGAUUUUGGGAAUUCUGGGGGAUGUUAAUAGCAUCCGCUGCCCUCGUAUCCAUGCAAAGGUCUUUAGCUACCUGUAUGAGCUUUGGCACAAGCUAGCAAAGAUAAGAGAUAAUUUGGGGAUUAAUGUAGACAACCAGUCAGCUCUGCCGAGACCUCUCUACAUUCCACCUCUCCGAAUGCUGGCUUCUUGGCUUUUCAAGGCCACAAUGCUCCCUGCAGAGUUUAAAACCGGAAAGCUGCAGGCCUAUAGGCUGAUCUGUGAGAUGAUGACUAAACAUCAGGAUGUGCUGCCCAACAGUGACUUCCUGGUACAUCUUUACCAUGUCAUGCACAAAGGCUUCACCAGUGACGACCCGGAUGUGCUGAACACGAUGAUCAGGUGGUGCUCACCGCGCUUCUUCUUCCUGGGCCUGCCCGGCUUCACCAUGCUGGUGGGGGACUUUAUCACUGCUGCUGCUCGUGUCCUCAACUCAGACUCUUUUGAGGCACCUAGGACUGAAGCACAAACAUUGCUCGGGUCUUUGGUCUGCUUCCCCAAUCUGUACCAGCAGAUCCCUUCACUGCAGUCUUUACCAGGAACUCAAGACAUUGUGGUUGGCAAAGAGGACAUGAAGGACUACCUUGUGAACAUUCUGCUGAAGACAGCACGUAAUGAGCCAUGUGAAGGAGCCAGGUGUGUUGCUAUCUGCAGUCUGGGACUCUGGGUGUGUGAGGAGCUUGGGCAGGAGAAGAUUCAUCAUCAAGUGAAAGAUGCCAUCAAUGUACUGGGUGUCACAUUAAAGUUUGGGAAUAAGGCAGUGGCCCAUGUUGCCUGUGACAUCUUUCAGCUGCUAAUCUGUCACUGGCAGCACUUGCAGAAACUGGAGCACGCCCUCCCUAAAAGAAUAAUUGAGAUUUUUGUAGCAACCAUUGCAUUUCUUCUACCCAGUGCUGAGCACUCUACGUUGGAGGGAGAUAAAAAGUUAAUGGUGUCCCUGCUGCUGUGCCUGCUUGACUGGUGCAUGGCUGUCCCUCUGUCCAUCUUACUGGAGCCCAUCACCAUGACUGUGCUGGAUGAGCCAGUCUCUCAGAAAGCUCCUCUGUUGGACUACAUUUACAGGGUGCUUCACUGUUGUGUAUCAGGCUCCAACCUCCACACACAGCAAAGCCACUACCUCCUCAGCCUGGCAGAUCUGUCUACGGACUACGACCCUUUCCUGAUGUUAGGCCAAGUCAGGAGUUCUGAGCCACCUCCCAUGCACAACGCCACUGGAGACUUUGGCAGUCUUCUCACUGUGGCUGAGGAGAAGAAGCGAAGGAACAUGGAGUUGAUUCCUCUGACUGCUAGGAUGAUAAUGAUGCAUCUUGUGAACCAUUUGGGUCACCACCCUCUUAGUGGGGGCCCUGCCCUUCUGCAUAGCCUGGUGAAUGAAAACCACGAUAACCCUUAUGUGGAAUCAUCUGAACUUUCCUCUGAGGUCUUCAAGAGUCCCAAUCUGCAGCUAUUUGUCUUCAACGACAGCACCCUCGUGUCUUACCUGCAAAUCCCUUCCGACGGCUCCUCCACAAACCCCAGUGAACAUUCCUCCGAGGUCCGAGUUAUUGUGCGGGACAUCUCUGGGAAGUAUUCAUGGGACGGUAGCGUUCUUUGUAAGACUUUAGAAGGAAUGAGCCUGCAUUGUAGCAGUGGUGGAGACGAGGCUUCCCACUGCCACACUGACCAUUCCUCUGCUGCCUCCAAGCCAAGCUCAUCUUACACCAGCAGAUGCUCCUCUGAGGUGGAGGUGGAGGACAGUGUUGAUGUGCUUGACCAGCUGCUGGAGGACCUGGGCAUCAGCAGCCCAGAGUGCCUGCCACAGCCUCAGCAGAGACUUACUCAGCCAGCGCCACCACCCAUGGGCAUGAACCAUGAAACAGAGGGGGCCAUCAUGGAGGCCAUUCACAGACAGGCGAAGCAGGAGGAGGAGGAAGUGCUCUGGAGACGGAGUGAAGACCCCAGUGUCAAAGCAGCCAGUCAGAGACAGCCCUCUCAGCAGGAGCCCAAGGCACCCUUCUACUUCUGCCGUCUGCUGCUCAAUGAGCUUGGCAUGAACUCGUGGGACCGCAGAAAAAGCUUUCAUCUCCUGAAGAAGAACUCAAAGCUUUUGAGAGAACUCAAGAAUUUGGAUUCAAGGCAGUGUCGGGAGACCCACAAGAUUGCUGUUUUCUAUAUUGGCGAGGGCCAGGAGGACAAAUGCUCCAUAUUGUCAAAUACUGAGGGCAGCCAGGCAUAUGAGGACUUUGUCUCUGGGCUUGGAUGGGAGGUGGACUUGGCUACUCACUGCGGAUUCAUGGGUGGUUUGCAAAGGAAUGGCAGCACGGGAACCACAGCACCAUACUACUCUACCUCGACCGUGGAGGUCAUCUUUCAUGUGUCCACUCGUAUGCCCUCCGACUCUGAUGACUCCAUCACUAAAAAGCUUCGUCAUCUGGGAAACGAUGAAGUGCACAUUGUUUGGUCAGAGCACACACGGGAUUACCGACGGGGCAUUAUCCCUACUGACUUUGGAGAUGUACUCAUCAUCAUCUACCCCAUGAAGAACCACAUGUUCUUCAUUCAGAUCAUGAAGAAACCACAGGUUCCUUUCUUUGGGCCUCUGUUUGAUGGAGCGAUAGUCACAGGGACGUUGUUACCCAGUCUCGUGCGGGCCACGUGCAUUAAUGCCAGCAGAGCAGUGAAGUCACGACUGACUCUCUACCAGAGCUUCUAUGAGGAGCGGGCUCUCUAUCUGGAGGCCAUUAUUUUGAACCACAAGGAGAACAUGAUGUUUGAGGAUUUUGCCGCCCAGGUCUUCUCACCCUCCCCCACCUACUACCCAAUGAGUGGUACAGGCUCUCUCAGUGGCAGCACAAGCGCUGAACUCAGCGUUACUGUGACAACCAGCGAGUCCACUGAGCAGGUUUCUCCCACCCUACCCCGCGCCUCCAAGAACCGCGUUUCCGGAAAACUCCGCCGCUCGGCCAGCGCCAUCAGCAAAUCCUCCAACUGAGCUCCACCUUAUGCCAGUAACCACUUCACUAAGCCCCUUCAGACUGCAGUGUACUUCAGCUGUACCGCAUGUGUGGAAGUGAAUGUAUGUAUGUAUGUAUAAAUGUAUGCCUGUCUGUGUUUUUUCUUUUCUUUUUUUUUUUUCCUUCUUCUUAUUUGUGUCACUUGAAACUGGAAUUUCGUUCUUCUAGUUUGUACAUACAUCAUUUUUCAUUGAUAUCUGCUGCCGUUUUUGAUUGACCUUUUGCUAGCAGUGGGAGAUGAUUCUAAGGUCACACUAUUGUGGUGCUUCGCCAAGGCUGAGAGUUUUUUCAAUUGCACUUUCAGUUAGAGAACUCUUUGGUUUGCCAGUAGCAUCAUUGUUUUGGCUGGAGCAAAACUGUAAGGCAAACUAAAUGAGAAACUUAAACUGACGUCUAUGAAUGUUUAUUCUGAAAUCAAGAAUAUGAAAUAUGAAAAUCACAGCGAUUAGUGACAGCAUUGGCCGGAAGCACUUUGAACUGCUGGACUUAAUGUAGAAACACAUCUCUGGAGGCGUGGAGGUUUAACUUUAGUGCCAGUCAUCCUCCCUUCAUCAUUUGUUUACUGUUUGUUCUCUAACCCGAUGCAGCUGUUCAGCUAUUACUGAUAUAAGCAACCUUUUCACAAUACUUCCAUGAUAUGUUCCUUGACAUAACAGGAUGUGAAUACCCUUUAAACUGAAGCUCCGAAUGUCUUAAACACUGAAACUUUGACAAAUGUCACAGCCAUUAAGGGCAGGGUACUGAAUUCUCUGCACUGACCUCCAUUCAGUCCUUCCCUAUAGAAGGAAGAGGUGGUGGGGGAGGGCUUCUGUCAUAGGUCAUUUUGCUGAUGUUCUCCUUGAGAGGUCAUUCAUAGCAGCUGCAUUUGAGAUUCAUAAGAAUUUCAGACGUUAUAGAGGAAAUUGACUCGCAUGCACCAGCCGUGAGCAGAGUUCAGUCAUCAUAGUAGCAAGCUCAACAUGGUUCACAUGUUCAUAAGCCCAGAAAGUCCUCGAGAUGUGAUUGUUGAAGUCCUAGACUAAAGUUGGGCCUACUUCUUUUGUAAAAAUAGCCCACUUUAAUACUAAAUGCAUGUCUGAGUGGACAAUCUGUUUGGUCUUUCUUACUAAGAUGGGAUGAAUUGAAAUGGCCUGUUUUUUUUUUUUGUUGUUUUUGUUUUUGUGCUAUCUUUUCCUUUUAAAUGACUGGAGUAAUUAUUUUAUUCGUGAUUUAUGCAACUAUGCUGGGUUGAAACGGCUCCAUCUGUAAUUAUGUUGUGUUGUGUUAUGUCAAUGUGUUGGAUAAAUCUUCAUUUAUAAUCUGUAAAUUGAAUAAGUCCUGUUUUUGUCUCGUAAUGCUACUAUGACAUUCCAAUGUUUCCUACAGUGGUGUGGCUGCACUCACUGAUGGUGAUAGUUUAGAGCUGUUCAUUGCUUUUCUUCUUUAAUGCUUUGAUGUAUAUUGCUUUCCAUUUUAUUUGAAAGGUUUGUUUUUGUUUGGUUUCUUACUGUAAAUACAUAAUAAUAUCUGCCAUUAUAAUAUGAUGUAUGCCUGACUACAUGCUAAAUGAAAUUGCCACCGGAGCCUCAGGUGAAUCUUAACUCCAUGCACUUGUGUGUGUGUGUGUGUGGUGUGUGUGUGGUGUGUGUGUGUGUGUGUGUUUGAGGGUGCUUCUAAUAGCUAACACAGUGCCUGUGCAAUACCUGUCCAUAUUUCCCCUCUCUGCUGACUGGCUGUAGUCAGAUACUCUUUGUCCCUGUUCUUAUAUCUUCCAUGGCUGCUGUGCUGGAGAAGAGUGCGCUCUCGCUCGUCCGUUUGACUGCAGAGCAGAGGGCUUUAGGGAAGCUCCCAUACAUUGCAGUGCUGCAUGAGAGCGCUUGUCUCUGAUUGGAUCUCUGGAUAGCAGUGCUCCUCCACCUGCUCCUCUUCAUUCUCCUGCCAUGCUGAGUACCCUCCACCAUACCAGCAGGGAAAUGGGGCACAUGCCAGCGCUUCUCUCUCACAAACGCACUUUUUUCUCUUUUAUUUCAUUCUUUUUAUUACUCUUUUUAUUAUCUUUUGUAUUUGUUUCGUGUUUUUCCUUUUUCUUUUCAUUUUUCCAUUUUUGCUGUCUUUCUGUUAUUUUAUCUUUAAUUUUCUUCUAUUUUUCUUUUUCUUUCUUUGUUUAUUCUUUUUCAUUUUUGUCUUCUCUUGCUUUGUCUUUUUUUCACUGUUUAUUCUAGUCUUUUGCUGUUUUUCUCUUCUCACUGAUAUUUGUUUUCCUUAUUUUUGCUUUUUUUUCUCAUGCUCUCUCAGUGUACACUUCUCUAUUUCCUCAAACCUUUUACUUUUUCUCUUUUUUUCUUUUUCUGUAUUUCCUUCUCUCUCCCUGCACCUCUCUGCUUUUUGUCUUUCUUUCUUUCUUUCUUUCUUUCUUUCUUUCUUUCUUGCUCUGUCCACUUUUCCUGGUGCAGCCAACGCCCUCACUUCCCUGCUCCGUUCCCUUAGUGACCCAGCCUAGUUGCCAUGGAGGCCAGGUGUUACAUACUCUGCAAGCUCCGCCCAAGCUGCAACAGGACACAUGUUGCACUACUUUGCCUUACUUGUACACCUUUCUUCCUUUGUUUGUUUAACUUUCUUCUUCUACUGUUGUUUUGUCUUUUUUUUGUUUUUUUUUCCCUCCAAGCACUGAUAAGGAACAUAGAAGUCUUUAAGUCUGCUUUGAAUGAAGAAUUGCGAGGAAUGUAUGCAAACAUCAGCCCAAAUCCUAGCCACGACUGCACCUGCCCAUUUGUAGCUUUCCUGAACUGUGAGGACUGCGUCAUGUGAGCAGCCUCUAUAGUGAAAACUCUCUCUCAUGUCCAGUAGGUUUGGUCUGGGUUCUCUGUAGGUUUCAUAAGUGUUUGGUUUUAAGGUGCUGAUGUGGUCCUUGCCAGGGAUGUGUCUUACUGCGACUGGUCUAACUCAAGUGAAGUGACAGCUGUGUUUAUUCUGCAUUUAGUUGUUAUCCUUGUAUAUUGUGUCCUUUUUUGCGAGGGCUCCAAAUCCUGAAGGAUAUAAAUAUAUUAAUGCCUGUAAUAUAAUAUUUGUAAAAGAUGUUGGAAAAAAAAGGUUGAACAUUUCAUCAUGACUUGUUAACAUAUCAGACUGUUUUUAAUGGAAAAGUAAUCAUUCUAUCUUUACUAGAAAUGUGAAAAUCAGAACAUUUCAUUAAAUCAAUUUGAGAUUCA